ACUAGAUUCAUUCCCAUCUCAACACCCAAUCCAAAAAUCAAUUCAAAGAAAAAAAAGAGAAAACGCAACAUGGCUCGUUUCUCAUGUCCAUUCAUCUCUUAUGUCUUUGUGUUCAUUGCAUUUUACUUCUUUGUCCAACUCUCAUUCGGAGAGGUAACCAGCAGCGUUAUUUCAACUAGUCAUGGUCAUGCCCGGAAUGGUGGAGAACGUUCACUCAGGCCUCAAGAGUGUGCAAAUGCAUGCGAACAGAGGUGUUCUGCGACGUCACAUAAGAAGCCAUGCCUGCUCUACUGUAAUCAGUGUUGCAGCAAAUGCCUUUGUGUUCCAUCAGGCACAUAUGGUCAUAAAGAAGAAUGUCCUUGCUACAAUAACUGGAAAACACAGGAAGGCAAACCCAAGUGUCCUUGAUUAAUAUUAUAUUAUUAGUAUUAUUCCCGAAAACAAAAGCCAAGCUACCAUUUUUUUUCCCAGUUUAUAUUUACAUGAAAGAAGACACAUUAAAAUUUAUCAUACCCAUAAAAUCAUGAAUUUAUGUACCUCAUGAUGUUGAUUCAAUAAAUGAUAGACAUCUUUGUCGAUUACAAAUUCUAAAUAUAUUGUGCUGCUGAUACCCUCUAUUAUUAUCG